GUCCAGUCUGUAUGGGGAUGUGAUAAUGAGUUUCCCCCGUAGGUGCCUUGUAUGGUGCGCUCCGCUUGUUCACGUGAGCCGGUUCCAAGAUGGCGGCAGGGGUGGCUGGGUGGGGGGUUGAGGCAGAGGAGUUCGAGGAUGCGCCUGAUGUGGAACCACUGGAGCCCACGCUUAGCAACAUCAUCGAGCAGCGCAGCCUUAAGUGGAUCUUCGUCGGCGGCAAGGGUGGCGUGGGCAAGACAACCUGCAGCUGCAGCCUGGCAGUCCAGCUGUCCAAGGGGCGGGAGAGUGUUCUGAUCAUCUCCACAGACCCAGCCCACAACAUCUCAGAUGCUUUUGACCAGAAGUUCUCCAAGGUGCCUACCAAGGUCAAAGGCUAUGACAACCUCUUCGCCAUGGAGAUUGACCCCAGCCUCGGUGUGGCAGAGCUGCCCGAUGAGUUCUUUGAGGAGGACAACAUGCUGAGCAUGGGCAAGAAGAUGAUGCAGGAGGCCAUGAGCGCCUUCCCAGGCAUCGACGAGGCCAUGAGCUACGCUGAGGUCAUGAGGCUGGUGAAGGGCAUGAAUUUCUCGGUGGUGGUGUUUGACACGGCACCCACGGGCCACACGCUGAGGCUGCUCAACUUCCCUACCAUCGUCGAGAGGGGCCUGGGCCGCCUCAUGCAGAUCAAGAACCAGAUCAGCCCCUUCAUCUCACAGAUGUGCAACAUGCUAGGCCUGGGGGAUAUGAACGCAGACCAGCUGGCCUCCAAGCUGGAGGAGACACUGCCUGUCAUCCGCUCUGUCAGUGAGCAAUUCAAGGACCCUGAGCAGACCACCUUUAUCUGUGUGUGUAUCGCCGAGUUCCUGUCCCUGUAUGAGACAGAGCGGCUGAUUCAGGAGCUGGCCAAGUGUAAGAUUGACACUCACAACAUCAUUGUCAACCAGCUCGUCUUUCCUGACCCCGAGAAGCCCUGCAAGAUGUGUGAGGCCCGCCACAAGAUCCAGGCCAAGUACCUGGACCAGAUGGAAGACCUAUAUGAAGACUUCCACAUCGUGAAGCUGCCGCUGUUGCCCCAUGAAGUGCGGGGGGCAGACAAGGUCAAUACUUUCUCAGCUCUCCUCCUAGAACCCUACAAACCCCCCAGCACACAGUAGCACCGCUGCCUGCCCCAGCCGCUGCCAUUUCACACCCACCCUCCAACCCCACCCCAGGGCAGAGUUUGCACAAAGUCCCCCCAUGGUGCAGGGGGAGCCACUGGGGGGAGGGGCAGGAGGUGGGGAGGGGACCUGUUCCCCCUGGUGGGGCUAGGGGGCUGCAUCUGCCCCCCACCUCUCCCCACCUUUUGCCCCUCAAUAAAAUGAUCUUUAACUGCU